CGCCAACAUGGAGCCCCUGUUCCCGGCCCCCGCAUCCUCGCCCGGCUGGAACAACGCCUCGCCCGCGGCCGCCCCGGGAGGCGGCGAGAGCAACGGCACGCUGGCGGGGCGGGCGCCCGCGGCAGGGGCCCGGGCGGUGCUGGUGCCCGUGCUGUACCUGCUGGUGUGCGCUGUGGGGCUGGGCGGCAACUCGCUGGUCAUCUACGUGGUGCUGCGGCACGCCAAGAUGAAGACGGUCACCAACAUCUACAUCCUCAACCUGGCGGUGGCGGACGUGCUGCUGCUGCUGGGGCUGCCCUUCCUGGCCACGCAGAACGCCGCGUCCUUCUGGCCCUUCGGCCCCUUCCUGUGCCGCCUGGUCAUGACGCUGGACGGCGUGAACCAGUUCACCAGCGUCUUCUGCCUGACCGUGAUGAGCGUGGACCGCUACCUGGCCGUGGUGCACCCGCUGCGCUCCGCCCGCUGGCGCCGGCCCCGCGUGGCCAAGCUGGCCAGCGCCGCCGUCUGGGCCUUCUCGCUGCUCAUGGCGCUGCCGCUGCCCGUGUUCGCGGAGGUGCAGGAGGGCUGGGGCACCUGCAACCUCAGCUGGCCGGAGCCCGUGGGGCUGUGGGGCGCCGUCUUCGUCAUCUACACGUCCGUGCUGGGCUUCUUCGGGCCGCUGCUGGUCAUCUGCCUCUGCUACCUGCUCAUCGUGCUGAAGGUCAAGGCCGCGGGCGCGCGGGCCGGCUGCCGGCGGCGGCGGCGGUCGGAGCGCAGGACGACCCGCAUGGUGGUGGUGGUGGUGGCCGUGUUCGCCGGCUGCUGGCUGCCCUUCUUCGCGGUCAACCUGGUCAACCUGGCGGUGGCCCUGCCCGAGGAGCCCGCCUCCGCCGGCCUCUACUUCUUCGCCGUGGUCCUGUCCUACGCCAACAGCUGCGCCAACCCCGUCCUCUACGGCUUCCUCUCGGACAACUUCCGCCAGAGCUUCCGGAAGGUCCUGUGCCUCCGCAAGGGCUACGGGGCCGAGGACGCCGCAGAGCUGCAGCAGCCGGAGGAGAGCGGGCAGCCGCGGGAGGCCACGCCGCUGCCGCCCCCGCGCAGCCCAGAGGCCAAGGGGCUUGUGCAGACCAGCCGGCUGUGAG